UCUUAGUGAGCUGAUUCUCUUGGACCUGACCGUUCUUUGAUCUCCACCAGUUCAGAAAACUAUGCCGCGCUCGCUGUGUCUCACAUACCGAAUGAUCCGAUGGUGACAGUGAAAUCUUCCCGGCCAGUGCGUGUUUCUAUUACUAUUUAUAUGUUGCAACAAAACGGAAAGGAACCAAAGCAAUGCUUUUGUGUUUUUACGGCCUCAGCAUCCUGAUAGCCCAGGCCUUCGCUAGCGUCCACGACACUGUUGAUGUGAUACCGGAUUCCUACGCUAACUCCACCGAUAACACGCUAUGGAGAACAUUAUUAGAAGACUGCAAAAUUCCUACAAAGCAAUGCGUGGAGAAAAAUAUGUACAGAUACCUGAAACAAGUGCUAGAGUACCCAGAGGACUACAGUGUGACAAGUUUCCUAAAAUUCGCGAAAAACUCCUUAAACUAUACGCAAGUAAAAAACGAUAGUUCAGAAGAGGUCGAUGAUGGGGAGGAUUUCCAACAGAGAAGCACCAUCGAUGAGAUGUCCAGGACGUUUCAAGAACAGGGGGUCAAAUUCCUGAUGACCCACGACCUGGAGGUUCAAAUGCCCGAGACGUUUUUUGAGGGGGCCACUUUAAAAAUUGCCCCAAGGAAUCUGGAGGGCGAUGGAGCGCUGGUGAAGAUGGAAUGGGUUCCCAAGAAAAUUCCGGAGGGUGCUGUUGAAGGAAGAAUCUUCUUCAAGAAAUUGAAGAAAAAAAUCAGUCAAAAACUGCUCUACGCCCUGCUGGCCAUCCUCGUAGUCAUAAAAUUACUGGCUGUGAAAUUCCUCUUCUUCCUACCGAUGCUGAUGGGUGUUGCCGCAGCGAAGAAACUCCUCAUCAAGAUACUCUUCUUCGUGUUCCCCGCGAUAAAACACCUCUUCAAACUGUGCCCUUACGUACCACACGGCACCAAGUUCCACCAUCACAAACACCAGAUAGCCCACAUACACCACCUUGGGGGAAUCCAUCAUCACCCGCAUCAUCACCAUGACGACGGCAUCGAGAUCAUACAUCCACACGCCGAUGGACCACCGGUCCUCGCUGGAAGCUCGCUUCAUCAUUAUGUGGACAUCGAGCCUCCACAUUCUCCAUCUUACAAGCCACACGAGCAUGAUUUGGAGUAUUAUAGUGGAGGGCCAGGUUUGGGAGAGGACAUCAUAACCAACCGUAAGGACCCGUACUUCGAGGAAAACGAGAUCCCAGGUCAAGGUCAUGGGCGACCUACUAAGAAAAAUCCAAACAGGCCUCUCACUCCCGCUGAGAUAGAGAACAUGGUAUUGAAAGCCGAAAAGGAAGCAUUGAUAAAGGCGAAGUUGCAACAAGAGAAGAAGAGGAUCCAAGAAGAGAACGCCCUACUCCAAGAACAACUACGCCAAGCCAUCAAGGUCCAGGAACAGCUGAAACUCCAACAGAUGAAUAUCAUCAGCAAAUCAAACCCGUUGAUCAAGAGUUCUGCACCAACAGUUCCCAGUCCGUUCCUGCAAAGUCCUCCCCCGCCCCCUAUCGACAAGAUCUUCAACACGCACACCUUUUCUCUACCAAAUCAGCUCAUGUCCAAGCCCAUCCUGAAAUUCACUGGUCCACAAGCUAAUUCUCUGCCGAAUUCUGUGAUGUACAAUGGAGGUGUGAAUGAAGUGCAUCAGGGUACAGCAACAGUGUCCAAACAGGGAGCUGGUCAGACCCAAUCGACCAAUAAAGCUUCGGAUAGAGUUAGUGCGUCAGUUUCGCAAGUGAAAAAGACUCAGGGUGCUACAAAUGAAGGCAAGAUUGACGCGCAGAAAGUUGAGAUCCAGAAGGCUAUACAGAAAGCCGCCAGUAUAACGUACGAUCCCUAUUACAGUCCCAUACUGAUGAAGAUCGAUAAGAUUAUGGUGAAUUUGGGUUACACGGACGAGCCCUGCAAAGAAAGACUGAUUUGUUUUAUGUACAAGAGUCCGGAGAAGUACAGCCCACACAGCAACCUGCUAUCCAACGAGCUGAGCAGAGAUCCCAGUGAACUUCACAAGCCUACCAACCCCAACGCGGCAGUGCUGAGAUUUUUCAGAUAUUUCCAAGCUGCCAGGGACGGACAAGACAAGAACGAUUGUAUAAAACUAUAUACUGGCUGCAACGUCCUAGGAAGUGAACUGUGAGAUGAUAAUUUUGGAGAAGAGAUGUUGAAAGCACUAGUCCUCUAGAUCUAGGUGAUACUGAUGGAGCUAUUUGCCAAUGUUCAAUAGUUACACAAUCAGAACCUUUGUUAGAGUUUAUCGUUGUCGCUCAUUUAUAACUUCUGCGAUUUUUACCAAUUGUUAUUGUUGUGAACAGAAAUUGUCGACUAGGGUAUCUUCGCAGUUUGGGUAUUACAUUCUAGACCAUUAGUUUUAGGUGUCGCUCAUUUAGUAUAUGGUGAUUCAUUAUUUAUUCUCAUCUAUUUAUUUAUUUAUUUAUUUAUUUAUUGAAUUUGUUCACUUCAUCUUUAUUCGAAUACGAAUGUGUCUUUUUGAAGAUGUGCCAUUUGAGGGUUUGGUUAUUUCCAGCUAAAUAUUUGUCUCGUUUCAGCAACUGAAUUGUUUUUUGUUUGUAAUAAUAAUCUGGGGUUCUUCAAGUUACUUUGCUGAUCUUCUGAGAUACUAAACUAUCAUCUACUCCAAGGAAUCAUGACUCAAAGUAAAUUUUCCACUCUGUUUGACCGAGUCUCAAAUAUUGUGCUUUUAUUUCUCUAUACUUUUUGUCAUGAAGUUCUGUAAAUAAUGAAAAGGUGUUUUGUUAUCGAAUAAAUCUUAUAAAAA